AUGUCCACCACCACCACUGCUCGAGAAUCGCGAUCCGCCCCGGCUCACUUCGAAGAGGAGAUGCUCGACCACCACUUUGAAUGUCAGCAGUGGCCCUCUCCGGUUCCGGACGGUCCAAGGCUCUCAGUGAUGCGCUUGGUGCUAACCUCAUUAUUAUUUUUUGUCAAUCAAAGACACCUACGACAAUGGGUACGUGGAACCCGCAUUGCGUUGUGUGGCAGUUUGUGCCGCGCUCGAUCAUUGACGUCAUCUCCGGACCCCCUUUCCCAUCUCGGUGCGACAGAUGGGUACGACCGCGCUUUCUUUCUCGCGUCCCUCACGACCUCUUCGUCGCACGCGCGUCUCGAAUGAUGCAAUAGACGUUUCCUAAUCUUAUUGAAUGAACUUCACAGAAAUACGAGUUCUGGGUUCCCAAUCACGAGCGAAUCAUCUGUGAGUCAUUGGUUCGGUCACUCCUGAGUGGGGGUUCCUUUGCAGGUACUAAUGCCAUGCUUUGCUUGUCAUUCGCUAGACGCGAUCCAUGGUGGUGCGACAAUUUUACUAAUAAGAAAAAAAUGCAUGAAUACAAUAAAUGAAGUGAUCGAAUUUUUUCUUUCCAUUGCCCAGGACCCAUGAGCGGCCGAUCAAAUUAUCAAACUGCGUCAGUCGGUGCUUUGCACUGGACCAUCAAGCAGACGUGCUCACAUGCUUACUCAACCCAACCCAUCCUAUCCUUCUUCUAGUUACUACCAACGCAUCCGAAAGGACAUGUGGCAAGUAUCAUGGGUGGAGGAGACUGGUACUACGGUCACGAUCUGCCUGGACUGUGAGUUGCACUCGCCUCGGUCGUCGGUCGAACCGCGGCCGUGCCGGCGAGCAAAUGCUGACAAGCAGAUUCACACCGCAUCCAGUGCCGGAGAAACGCAUCACGACUUUUAUGGCAUUUUCAAAAGGGUGGGCACAUGAGUCAGCAUUUCACACAUCGUUCUUAUCCUGCUAAUCGAAACUUCCUUGUAUUUUCGCUCCAGUCACUGGGACUAUCCCGAGAAGGCCCACGGCUACAAGCGUGAAAAGCUGGACCAAUGGCGAGAGCUUUCCAAGAUUGGCAACCAGACUACCGAUCGCCACAUCUUGCCCGAACAAGCGACCAUCGACAAGAUUUACAGAGGGAAGGGGAGUCUGCAAGAGAUCGAGAUGGAGUGGCCCACGUUGUAG